UAAAAAUCUUUCUCUCUCAACUCUUUCAGAUACAAAUUUACGCCACCCAACCCCAACAUGUCACUGCAGGUGCAAUCAAGUCAACAACCGACGUCCGGUCGGCGCACUCCUCAGAUCUAUCAGAAUCUUCCCAGCACACCCACUGCGGGGACGCCUCCAACCAAUGGCAACAGUUCGGCUAAAAGUUCAUCGUCCAAACUAUCGCUCAAAAGCGGCAAACAGAGUCCGGUGGUUGAGGUCACUGCCACAGCAACAGCGGAACCCACCGCGACUCCAAAAGAUGUCCCCAAAACCCCCAACGUGAUGGUAGCGGUCACCAAGCUGGAAAAAACUCCGACCUCGAGCUCACCCAAAACUACCGAGAAGGCAAAGGACGAGAAAGAUAAGACGGCAACCAACGGCAACUCGAACGGAACCCACGGUGAAAAGGAAACCAACGGCAAGCAUGAGGAAACGGCGAAGGCGGCUGGUUCGGAAACCCCCAAGAAGGAACCGGUAGAGAAGGCAGUCAAGGAGAGCCCCCGAGCCAGUCCUCGCUCUACUCCACAAAAGCAACAACCGGAGUCGAUUCCUGUGGAGCAGGCCAAGACCCCGGAAAGUGCCGGAAAGAAGACCAAGGAAUCACCCGCGGUCGCUCCUGCGCUUGGCAAAGUUGACGUUACGCCUAAGGCCCCCGAAAAGACGGCCGCUGAGGGAGACGAGAUGGAAUCGCUGGUCGUUGAACCAUCCGAGUAUGAAGAUUCUCCGAUGCCGCCUCGUACCGGUGGCAAAACCAAACUGCUCAAGUAUUCCGGUGCCCCACCGACCCGGGCGCGUAUCAGCCCCUUCCGGGUGAAGGAAACUACCGCCAAUGCCAGCACGAUCGUCAACCUCAGCACCGUCAGCGAGGGACAGGACUGUGCCUCCAAGGACUCCUCACUGGAUGCCGACUCGCAGCAAUUACCCUCCUUGGGUGUCCGUCCGCUUCGUGCAAUUUCCGGUCGCCGCGGAAUGCGUCCCAUCACGGACAUUCAGUUCACGUACCGGAAGUCCACCGAAAUGAACGAUUCCGCAUCGAGCUUGAACGUAACCGUCGGAUCGGAAAUCCACAAUGACAGUCUCCGUACGCCGGCGCCGGGUUCAUCGCGCAAGCGAAAGGCCAUGACUCCGGAGUCCACAUCCGAUGCGCUCGAUGUGAAGGAAAUAGUCGAAAGUCCGAAACGUACCCGGCUGGACUUCAGUGGCUUCCUCGGGAUCGUAGCCAGCCCUGUAACUAUGCUCAAGAACCGUCUUUCGCGAGUACGUCUUCAAUCCAGCACUCCGGUGGCCAAGCGAAGCUUUGACGAGGAAGACCUUACCAAGUGCGUCCAGGCGGAAGCCACGACCACCACUGCCAACAUAUCCGGUGAAGGGGCGGCCAAGAUGGACGUUGAUCCCGCCGCGGAUGCAACGACCACGGACGACAAGAUUGAAGACGUAGAGAAGGCCAAGGCCGACGCCGAAGAGCAAACCACCGAUCUCCCUAGCGAGGAAGAAGCGGCGAAGAAGGUGGACGGUUCCGAAGAUGCUGCGGAAUCCCCGGUCGAAGUGAAGGACGUCACUAACAAACGGCAGUUCUGUGUUGUUAUGUAAAUCAUGUAGAAUCCCUGUUCUCCCUGUCCUGGAAUCCACUCUCUUUCGGAUCGUCUUGCAUCAAUGUACC